AUGGUUGGCAUGCGCUUCGCCGCACCACCCGUAGGAGACCUUCGCUUCCGCGCCCCAAGAGACCCUCCUCGAACGAACGGAACACAGUCAGCUGCUCAGUUCCGGGCGACUUGUCUAGGCUCCUACGUUGGGUUUGGCCUCGAAGAUCCGCAGGAGGAUUGUUUGUUUGUGAAUGUGUUUACGCCGUCGAAUGCUACGACAAACUCUAAGUUGCCGGUUUGGUUCUAUAUCCAGGGAGGAGGGUAUUCGGGGAACACGAAUGCGAAUUAUAAUGGGACGGAGGUUGUGAUGAAGUCGGGGUAUGGGGUGAUUUUGGUUAAUAUGAACUACCGCGUGGGAGCCUUUGGUUUCCUGGCAAGUGAAAAGGUUCGAAGGGAUGGUGAUCUGAACGUUGGUCUGCUGGAUCAGAGGAAGGCUAUGCAGUGGGUGCAAAAAUACAUUCAUCUGUUUGGCGGCGACCCUAACCAUGUCGUGAUUCACGGAGCAAGUGCCGGCGCCGGCUCCAUCGCCUACCACCUGACAGCCUACAACGGCCGCAACGAAAACCUCUUCGCCGGCGCCAUCAGCGAAAGCACCUUCUUCCCCACGCACCGCACCGUCCCCGAAAUGGAAUUCCAAUUCGCCCGCUUCGCCCACAACGUCUCCUGCCCCAACGACGCCAACGUAAUGCCCUGCCUGCGCUCCAAAGACCUCGCCACCCUCCAAUCCGCAGACUACUACCAACCCUUCCCCGGCCGCCAAAACGCCCCAGAUUGGUACUUCCUCCCGGUGGUCGACGGAACUUUCUCCCCGGACUUGCUCUACAACCUUCUCGCGCAGGGCCGCUUCGUCAAAGUCCCCCUCCUCACAGGCCACGACACCGACGAGGGAAACGGCUUUGCCGCCAACGCCGCCACGAAUGCCGAUUUCCUCUCCUUCCUGCUGGACAACUACCCCAACCUGACCCCCGCCCAAAUCGGCCGUAUCAACGCAACCUACCCCCUCCUCCCGCCCCUGCCCCUCCACGCCGAAUGGUUCCCCUCCGCCGCCGCAGCCUACGGCGACUCGACCUUCAAAUGCCCCUCCAACUACCUCGCCUCGACCAUGUCCGCCUACUUCUCCCCUAACCGAGUCUGGAACUACCACUACAACGUCCUCGACCUCACCGACCAAGCCUUCGGCUCAGCCGUCCCGCACACGGCGGAAACGCCGGCCAUUUUCGGGCCGGGGAGUGUCGAUUGUGGGGAUUGUUCGUAUACGACGUAUAAUGCUCCGAUUGUGCCGGUUGUGAUGAGUUACUUCAUUUCUUUUGUGAGGGAUUUGGAUCCGAAUCCGGGGAGGUUGGAGGGGAGUCCGUAUUGGGGGAGUUUUGGGAGGGGAGCGGGGCGGAGGUUGAGGGUUGAGAUUAAUGGGACGGGGAUGGAGGGGGUCGGAGAGGAUCAGAGGAGGAAGUGUGAGAUGUGGAGGGGGUUUGCGCAGACGAUGGAGCAGUAG